AUGAUAUUCUCCAGAAUAUCCACCGCGGUGGUUCUGGCGCUGGGACUCGCCGCGCCGGUUCUUGCCGCACCCUCCCCGCGACAGGCCGAGUCUGGUUGGUGGUUCUCGAGCAUCGAGCGCAAGGGUGCCGCUGCCUUCAACGAGGACGCAAGCUACAAGGUCUUCCGCAACGUCCACGACUACGGCGCUAUUGGUGACGGCACCACCGACGAUACCGACGCCAUCAACAAGGCGAUCAGCGAUGGCAAGCGCUGCGGCGAGGGCUGCAGCUCGCAGACGACUACCCCGGCUAUCGUGUACUUUCCUCCCGGCAAAUACCUUGUGAGCAAGCCGAUUGUGUCAUACUACUACACCCAGCUUGUCGGUGACGCCGCCUCGCUUCCGACUCUGCUGGCUUCGGCCAACUUCGAGGGCAUGGCUGUCAUCGACACCGACCCGUACGACUCGGAGGGCAACAACUGGUGGACGAACCAGAACAACUUCUUCCGCCAGAUCCGCAACUUUGUCAUCAGUCUCGAGGACAUGCCCAUCAGCGCCGGCGCUGGCAUCCACUGGCAGGUGGCGCAGGCGACUUCGCUGCAGAACAUUGUCUUCAACAUGCGCAAAGGUGGUGGUGAGGAGAACAAGCAGCAGGGAAUCUUCAUGGACAACGGCUCCGGCGGCUUCAUGACCGACUUGGUUUUCAACGGCGGCGGAUACGGCGCCUUCUUUGGCAACCAGCAGUUCACGACCCGCAACCUUACGUUCAACGACUGCCAGACGGCCAUCUUCAUGAACUGGAACUGGGCCUGGGCCUUCCACGAUAUCAAGAUCAACAACUGCGCGGUCGGCAUCGACAUGGCCAACGGCGGGUCGACCGGUCAGACGGUCGGUUCCGUUCUCGUCCUCGACAGCACCAUCUCGGCCACUGAAGCCGCCAUCAAGACGGCCUACGAUCCAGCCUCUAAGCAGACCAACGGCACCCUGGUGCUCGACAACGUCGACCUCACCAACUCGCCCAAGGGUGUGGUCAACGACGGCGGUGACGUGAUCGUCGAAGGCAAGCAAACCGUCGGUUUCUUCGCCCAAGGGCGCGCCUACGGUGGCUCAGCGGGCACCAGCGGCAAGGCCGUCCAGGCCCCUCAGGACGCCAUCAAGAAACCCGAUGUCCUCCUCAACAAGGACGGCAAGGUCUUCACACGCAGCAAGCCCCAAUACGAAGACGUCCCCGCCAGCAGCUUCGUCAGCGUCAAAGCCAACGGCGCCAAAGGCGACGGCAAAACUGACGACACCGACGCCAUCCAAGCCAUCUUCGACCAUGCCACGGCCGACCAAAUCGUCUACUUCGACCACGGCGCCUACCUCGUCACCAAAACCGUCAAAGUCCCCAAAGCCAUCCGCAUCGUCGGCGAGAUCUGGCCUCUCAUCCUCGCCGGCGGCUCCACCACCUUCCAAGACGUCACCAAACCCCAACCCGUCUUCCAAGUCGGCCAGCCCGGUGACAAGGGUGAAGUCGAAAUGUCCGACCUCAUCUUCGGUACCGCCGGCCCGCAGCCAGGCGCCAUCAUGAUGGAGUGGAACCUUGCCGGUUCCUCUAACGGCGCCGCUGGUCUCUGGGACGUCCACACCCGCAUUGGUGGCUACGCCGGCACGCAGUUGGAGCUGGAACAAUGCGCCAAGAACCCCAACGUCACUAACCCUAUCAACAAGAACUGUUUCGGCGCGUUCAUGAUGCUGCACGUGCCCCAGGGAGGCUCGGUAUACCUCGAAAACACCUGGUUCUGGGUAGCCGACCACUCCCUCGAGCCGGGUGCCCACGACGGGCAAAUCGACGUGUUCAACGGUCGCGGGGUGUUGAUCGAAGGCGAAGGCCCCGUAUGGGGGUUCGGCACGGCCUCAGAACACUCCGUACUGUACAACUACCAGUUCCACCUAGCCUCCAACGUCUACCUCGCCCUCAUCCAAACCGAAACCCCCUAUUUCCAGGGUAACCCCGACGCAACAGAACCGUUCGCAUACGACCCCAACUACGCCGACCCGGACUUUUCCAAGUCCUGCGCGGACGACACCACGGGCACGUGUAAACGCGCCUGGGGCGUGCGCGCGAUAGACUCAAAGGAUAUCUUCAUUUACGGCGCAGGGCUGUACUCGUUCUUUGAUAACUACGGGCAGGACUGUCUGAAGACAGAGAGCUGCCAGGCGAAUAUGGUGUCGUUGGAGGGGAGCGGGGCUAAGUUGGGCGGGGGGAGCAGUCAGGUGCACUUUUAUGGAUUGAGUACGAAGGCGAGUGUGAACAUGUUGACGGUGGAUGGUACGGGGAAGGCGCUGGAUAGGGAUAAUAGGAAUAACUUUUGUGCUACGCUUGCGUUUUUCCAGCCGGCUUAG